AACAGACAAAAUCAUACCACAGUUUCUCUCACAGAGAGUGUCCAUUGACACCUGAUCUGAGAUCACUUCAAAAGACAAGGAGGAAACAUAUGAUUCAUGAAAGAACAACUGUAGAAGUUUAAAGAUAAUAGGUUUGAGUGGACUAUAUGAGCUCUGUAUUGUGUUUUCUCUGAGGAAAAAAAGGACAACAUGCAAGCCUUCCUCCUCCUCUUCCUCUGCGAGAUCUUGCUGCUGAGACAGACCUCCGCAAGCACAAUGAGAGUGCAAAGACACAACAUGAGGGUGCGUAUCAGCGCUGUUGGAGACACCAUUGUAUUCCAGUUCAAUCGGCCCCAUGUGGACAGCAGACUGGAGGGAUAUAUCCUGGGCUAUGGCAGUAGCAUGCUCUCCAAACAAUUAAUUCAUCUGCCCGAGGAUGGACAACCCUUUGAGACUGAGAUAGAUGCUGAGCCCAAAUAUCUGAUUGCGGUACAAUCAAAGAAACCUGAGGAACCUAGGAAACAAUGCACAGGGAAAGUGGAUCUAGAAAAACCAUUAAACGUUGUGAUCGGCUCGGUGACACAGUCGUCGGUGCUGCUGUCCUGGGGGACACUACUAACCACCUCAAUCAUGGAUUCCGUUCUGGAGGACUGUAUUGAUGAAGGACAGUUCACAGUGCGCUACAGAGAGAAAGAACCCAGCAAUACCUGGAACUACCAGACCUGUCCAUCCACCAGCACAGUCAUCGACAACCUCAAACCAGAUGCUCUGUAUGAGUUUGCGGUCCGACCAGACACUGACAAAAACAGUGGAGCCUGGAGCCCACCAGUCAUCCAUAACACAGCUGAUCAAAUAAUAGAGCCAUUUAAUGAACUGAACCAGGCGAAGGUUAAAAAGCCAGUCUUAGCAGGCCAACCAUCAUUCUUGCCUCCUGUGCCAGUCUCAAACAACAUUACCCAGACAAGAGCAGCUCCUCUCCUCAAACACACUUGCCUUCCAAAGCCAUGGAAAACUACAGUUUCGUUAAUAGGGGUGGAAAAUCCCACAACAGCUCCUGAUGAUCAACCUGCCUUGAAUGAGGCCCUUAGUUCCACUGACACACCUAUCUUCCUGGCCACGCCAAAAACCACAAGCACAGUUCGAACUCAAAACCCCACUAGUCACCCUAGCACUACCCAAACAGAUCCUCACACAGAGCAACAUACUAGUUUAACCCCACAUCAACCUACGACAACUCAGCCAGAACCUUCCACAACCAAACUACAAACCAGCACAACCCAACCACCACCCACUACAACCAAAAAAUAUACCAUCAAAACACAGAUCUCAGUUAAAGUUCAACCAUAUACAGCCAAACAGCUACUGAAUACACCCCAACAACAGUUUAGUGAAAAAACACCUAGUUCAUCUACAACCAAACCACCACUUCACCAAACCCAACAACACACCACAAGCACUGUCCAGGAACAUCCCUACCCAUCUAAGAAACAAGACACCAUAACUCAAGAGAGUCUCCAUACAAGGAAAAUUCGGCCCAGUACCAAGCUGCAUCGGUUGAGCACAACCCAACGUUCACAAGGCACGUCCAAACACAGAACCACUCACACUUUCUCAAAAUUCACUUCCUAUUACCAGUCCAGCACAAUCACACAUUCUGAACAGCCAAACAACAAACCAACAACAAAACCGAAUUGGUCCACAAAUGUCCAUUCUCCAACAAACACAGCUUUGAAUUUACCCACAACAUUAGCAAACAUUCAGAAUGGAUUAGUGUCACGGCAGACUACCGAUUUCAUCAGGCAACCAGUAUUUAGCACUAAUCCAUCUAUCCCUGAAGAAUAUUCUGCAUCCCAUAUUACCACAACUGAAGAUUUGCCUCUUAAAUUUAGCACUAAUCCAUCUAUCCCUGAAGAAUAUUCUGUAUCCCAAAUUACCACAACUGAAGAUUUGCCUCUUAAAUUUAGCACUUAUCCAUCUAUACCUGAAGAAUAUUCUGCAUCUCAAAUUACCACAACUGAAGAUUUGCCUCUUAAAUUUAGCACUAAUCCAUCUAUCCCUGAAGAAUAUUCUGUAUCCCAAAUUACCACAACUGAAGAUUUGCCUCUUAAAUUUAGCACUAAUCCAUCUAUCCCUGAAGAAUAUUCUGCAUCCCAAAUUACCACAACUGAAGAUUUGCCUCUUACCAAAAACGUACAGGAACUGACUUCACACCCUAUAUAUCCACUCACUUUUUGGCACCAGCCCCAACUCACCACCACAACACAACAUUCCACAACUACAAAACAGCAAGCUAGCACUGCCAAAUACAACCCCAAAACAUAUUCCCAGGUUGAAAACCAACCACCUAACCCUGAAGAACAGUUGUCAGGUACCCAAAAAAACCCACUAAACCUGACACCUAAAACUGCUUUCAUCAAAUCCGAUGCUAUUCAAAACUCACCCGUGGCGGAGAAGGUAACAGUGAGGAUGAGUCAACCAGGUCCACCAGAGGCUAGUUCCCAGCCAAAGGACGAACAGCUACUAUCACUGCCAACACUUACAAAUGAGGUGGCCAAUAGGAAUGAUGGCAGAGGUAUCUUCCAUAACCCUUCGGUGUCCCGCCCCUUGGCACGAAAUGUUACACAGAGACUGAGGCCUCAUGGUCGUGUCCCUCUGAUUCCCCCUACAAAGACUUUCAGGCCACCCCCUGUGUAUCAUAACUCAACUCUCAACAGGAAAAGGGUGCCUUAUGGUGAGCGCCAUAUAGGCCUUUCGGCGGCCAAAACUCAGAAGGGUCCCAGAAAGCAACUUGUUAAGACAAAGCUAAACCAGGUUUCAGAGACUAAAGAAAAGGAAAAGAUUAUUGGUCUGAAGCAGAUGGACCCAGUCCCAGAUCUGAAACCUCUAGCUCCACCCACUACUGAAAAACCAACCAAUCAAGAGACUUCACAAACAACAACACCACAAUCUGCUUUUGAAGGCAGUCGUUUUCACACCGGUGACAACUCCUCUGUAUUCAGUCCUCAUCCCCUAUCUGAGGUGGAUGCAACGGGGAAGAAACGUUUUGUAGCGCCUCAUGUGAUCUAUAGAACUGACAAACGCCCGGAGGAGCCAUGCUCUCUCACUGAGUCUCUCAGCUUAUUUCCUGAUGAGGAGGUGGUAUACAUUAAUGUCACUGGCCCGCCCAAGACCCCUCCAUCCAACCUUACUGUAGUCACAGUAGAGGGAUGCCCCUCUUUCAUCAUCCUUGACUGGGACAAAACAGACAAUGAGACCACAGAAUAUGACGUAGUUUCCUCAACCAAGGGUCCACAUGGAGAAGAGGUGUCCAUCCAGACAACAAAUCAAACACAUACCGCUGUGGAGAACCUGAAACCAGAGAGCAGUUAUGAAUUCAAAGUUACACCCAAGAACGAGCUGGGUGCAGGCCCAACCAGUGAUCCAGUCAGUUUCAGUACUGAGUCAGCUGAUCCUCGCGUAAGUGAAACCCCCACUGGUAAAAAUGCCAUCUGGUCAUCGUUUCCGUUCAGAGCCGACUCGUACUCAGAGUGCAACGGGCGGCAGUUCAUAAAGCGGACCUGGUACCGCAAGUUUGUGGGUAUCCAGUUGUGCAACUCUCUCAGAUACAAGAUCUACCUGAGCGACUCUCUUAAAGGGAAGUUCUACAGCAUAGGAGAUCAAACAGGGUAUGGGGAGGACCACUGCCAAUUUGUUGACUCGUUCCUGGACGGACGAACCAGUGGUCCUCUUCCGCAAAACCAAUUACCACCCAGACAAGGCUUUUUCCGGGCCAUGCGUCAAGAGCCUGUCAAUUUUGGGGAGAUCGGAGGAAAUUCCAUGAUUAACUAUGUGGCCUGGUACGAGUGCGGGAUACCCAUUCCUGGGAAGUGGUAGGACCUCGAGGAGCAGAUGGAAGACAUGACGGAUAAGAAAAAGCAGUUCCCAUGGAAGAACCGGCCUUUUUUGAUUGCGCACAGACAGAGUAUGUAUCUCUGUUUUUCGGUUAUCGAGCACAUAUAGAAUUAUUUAUACUGUAAGCUCAAACAGUGGAGCAAACGCACAGAGCUGAAUAAAUGUUACCAUUGAGAUUAAGAAGUUAAACGUUUGAUAAUAUAGGGAAGCAGGCUCCCUUAAAGGCUAAAUAAAGGUGUAUAUUAUUUAUCAAAAUGUUGAAUAUGCCACUUUAACAAAGGCAAUAUUUUUAAAGCUCUUAUGUUCUAUUCUUCCAUACAAUUUUUGUUAUAGCUCAAUUAUUUAGUGGUGGGACUGUUUGGGAUGAUGGACUUCUGCUUAGGAGUUGCCAAAGUAAUUUCUAAAGGUGGAUUUUUCUCCCAGUAAACAGACCUUUUUUGGACCUUGCAAGUGUUGUGCAAAAGUUACCAGGUUUACUGGCUUUAAAUGGUCAUGGCAGGAGUUGAAAAAUUGGACAUAUCUGUAGUGUUUCAGAUACACUGGUCUCA